AUGGAUAACAUUGCGCAAGGGAUGUUUAAUAUCAGCCAGCUGUGGGCGACAGUUUCGAGCUCAUAUUUUGUCCCAGUUGACGGAACAACCGGUCAGACGGUAAUGAUUCCAGGAAUUGGCGGCAUCAGCUUGCCAACGGAGAUGUGGGAGGCGCGGCAACAGCUGAAGACGUGGGUUGGGGAGCUAGGAUGUCCCAGCGAGUCGAGUAUGGAAUGGGAAGUUCUGGUACGAGCGAAAGAUGCCCAACCGGAAUCGCUAUUCCGAACGUCCAGUUGGAGCUCGACCGAAGGUACGAGCGUGAUUCUGGACACGAAGAUCUUCAACAGCACACCAGAAGCGGCGGCGGCAAGUGGCGGCAGGUGCGUGGUCACGGACACCGCAGGCUUCAAAACCGAGUGCAACUCAGAGGUGGCCAAGCCCACGACGAGAGCUGAGAACAUGUGUGACGUGUGCGUGCCCAAGGACACGGCGGGCGCUGAGAACGAGCUGGACGCAGACGCGACCACAGAUAGCAGGAGUGUUGGUAGCACCGAGGGCAGCGCGUGUGCGAUCAGAGACUUCGAAAGCUACUGCAGCGGGUGCAUGGCUAAGGAUACGGUUGUCGCUGCGGACAACCAGGGCAGUGUGUGCGUGGCCAAGUACACGAGGAGCGUUGAGAACAAGUUCAUCGCGCGUGUGACCAGAGAGACCGCGAGUCUCAACACUAAGUGCAGCCUGUUUGUGGUCAAGUCCACGAAGGGCCUUGAGAAGAAGUUGGACGCAGGCGUGACCCCGGACGUAACAACCUGCGACAGCAAGUGCAUCGUGUCCUUGACCAAGCGCACGACGCUCGCUGAGAACAAGUGCGGAGCAGGUGCGAACACAGGUUCCAGCUGGCGCUGA